GAAUAUACUUAUUUCUUUGGUUACGGUGCUAGGUGCUGUGUUCGCCAAUCGAUAUUAUCACAGCUCAAGUAAUAAGUUGAGCUUAAAUAAAAUAUAAAUUAUUUUACAAUGAGUUUUUCAACACCCCAAGCUAUUCGAUUUUUUUCCACUUCAUCUAUACAUAACGGAAAACGAAAUUUUAAAAAUUUUAUUCUGUAUAACCGUGGAACAAAAGCAUUUCAAGAAAGACAGAAGAGAAGACCCGAAAAGGAUCUUAAAAUUACAGACUAUGGAAUUAGAGAAACUACAAUAAAAGUGGGAAACAGACUAGUAACUAUACCGGAAAAGAUUCCGGACAUUAUUGUACCAAAUCUCGAUGACUGUGAAUUGAAACCAUAUGUGUCAUAUAGAGUGCCUGAAGUCACACAGUCAGAGUUUACUGCACAAGAUUUAUUUAAUGCUGUUUAUCGGAAAAAGAUUAUAAACGAUUUUAAGGAAAAUAAACUGAAAGAGAAUGGUGAUCCAAUAGAGCCCAGUGAAGAUGAAUUAUUGACUCCUGACCAAGCAAAAAUUAAAGCAAGACAGACUGGUAGCGACAUGUUUUCAGAAGGCAGAUAAAAUUCUUACUGUACUUAGUUGUUAAUUUUGUUUCAGUUUUUUCUUAAUGUAAUAUAUAAAUAAAAUUUAGCUUUCAUAAA